AACCCAGGCGGGCAGAAAGGCGGGGCGGGCGGCUGCCAAGCCCGCCAAUAGGCGGCUCUCCGGCUGCUGAGCCGAGAGGGCAGGGGCGCCGUCAGUAGCACCACCGCCUUCCAAGUUUCCCCUUGUGGAUGCGCGGCCCCGCGGCUCUGCUCCUCCCGGCGCAGAGGGGCCGGGAGAGGCCACAGGAGCGGACCUGGGACGGGAUUUCUGAGGAACGGGAGAAGACUGGCGCCCGACCCGCUCUGGAGGGUCGGUGAACGAUGAAGGGCCGGCGGCGGCGACGCCGAGAGUACUGCAAGUUCGCGCUGCUGUUGGUGCUGUACACGCUGGUGCUGUUGCUCGUCCCCUCCGUAUUGGACGGCGGCCGCGACGGGGACAAGGGCGCCGAGCACUGCCCCGGCCUGCAGCGCAGCCUGGGAGUGUGGAGCCUGGAGGCGGCGGCGGCCGGCGAACGCGAGCAGGGCGCGGAGGCGCGGGCCGCCGAGGAAGGGGGCGCGAACCAGUCCCCUCGGUUCCCAAGCAACCUCAGCGGCGCUGUCGGGGAGGCAGUGUCUCGCGAGAAGCAGCACAUCUACGUGCAUGCUACCUGGCGCACUGGCUCGUCCUUCCUGGGCGAACUCUUUAACCAGCACCCGGACGUUUUCUACUUGUAUGAGCCCAUGUGGCAUCUAUGGCAGGCGCUGUAUCCGGGCGACGCCGAGAGCUUGCAGGGCGCGCUGCGCGACAUGCUGCGUUCGCUCUUCCGCUGCGACUUCUCCGUGCUGCGGCUGUACGCGCCGCCGGGGGACCCCGCUGCGCGCGCCCCGGACACGGCCAAUCUUACCACGGCCGCCCUCUUCCGCUGGCGGACUAACAAGGUCAUCUGCUCGCCGCCACUGUGUCCUGGCGCACCCCGUGCCCGGGCCGAGGUGGGCCUCGUCGAGGACACCGCCUGCGAGCGCAGCUGCCCACCCGUGGCGAUACGCGCCCUGGAGGCCGAGUGCCGAAAGUACCCGGUGGUGGUCAUCAAGGACGUGCGCCUGCUCGAUCUGGGCGUGCUGGUGCCCCUGUUGCGUGACCCAGGCCUCAACCUGAAGGUGGUGCAGCUUUUCCGCGACCCGAGGGCGGUGCACAACUCGCGCCUCAAGUCUAGGCAGGGACUGCUGCGCGAGAGCAUCCAGGUGCUGCGCACCCGCCAGAGGGGCGACCGCUUCCACCGUGUGCUGCUGGCGCACGGCGUGGGUGCUCGCCCCGGGGGCCAGUCUCGCGCGCUGCCCGCCGCGCCGCGCGCCGAUUUCUUCCUGACCGGUGCGCUCGAGGUGAUCUGCGAAGCCUGGCUGCGCGAUCUGCUUUUCGCGCGCGGUGCGCCCGCCUGGCUGCGGCGCCGCUACCUGAGGCUGCGCUAUGAGGACCUGGUGCGGCAGCCACGCGCCCAGCUGCGCCGCCUGCUGCGCUUCUCCGGGCUACGCGCGCUCGCAGCGCUCGAUGCCUUCGCGCUCAACAUGACUCGCGGCGCGGCCUACGGCGCCGACCGGCCCUUCCACCUGUCAGCGCGCGACGCCCGGGAGGCGGUGCACGCCUGGCGCGAGCGCCUGAGCCGAGAGCAGGUGCGCCAGGUGGAGGCCGCCUGCGCUCCAGCCAUGCGUCUGCUCGCCUACCCUCGCAGCGGAGAGGAGGGCGACGCGGAGCAGCCCAGGGACGGGGAGACGCCGCUGGAGAUGGAUGCCGACGGCGCCACGUAGCCUCCCAUCCCUGUCCCCGGCACGGAUCCGGGGAUGGAGCAUGUGGUAGGCAGAAUAAUGGCCACCCCACCAAAGCUUUCUACAGCCUAAUCCCUGGAUCCUGUUACACUACCUGGCAAAAGGGGCUUUGUGGAUGGACUUAAGGUUAUCCAGGUAGGCCCAGGACAAUCACGUGGGCCCUUAAAAGUGGACGAGGGCCAGGCACGGUGGCUCACGCCUGUAAUCCCAGAACUUUGGGAGGCCGAGGUGGGCAGAUCACUUGAGGUCAGGAGUUCAAGACCAGCCUGGCCAUCAUGGCGAAACCCGGUCUCUACUGAAAAUACAAAAAUUAGCUGGGUGUGGUGGCACACACCUGUAAUCCCAGCUACUCAGGAGGCUGAGGCACAAGAAUUGCUUGAACCUGGGAGGUGGAGGUUACAGUGAGCUGAGAUCACAUCACUGCACUCCAGCCUGGGCAAUAGAGCAAGACUGUCUCUCUCUCAAAAAAAAAAAAAAAAAAAGACAUGGAGGGCAAAAGAGUCAGAGGAAGGAAUGCAGUAGAACAAAGGGCGGGAGAGAUUCAGAGCUUGACUUGCCCCACUGUUGCUGGCUUUGCAGCAAGAACACAGGACCUCAGUCCUACAACCACAUGGAACUGAAUUCUACUGACAACCUGAAUGAGCCUGGAAGUGGCUUCUCCCCAGAGCUUAGCCUUGCCAACACCUUGAAAAACUUGAAGCAGAGAAACCAGCUGAGCCCACCAGGUAUCUGAUCUACUGAACUGUAAGGAUGACAAAACUGUAUUGUUUUGGCUGGGCAUGGUGGCCCAUGCCUAUAAUCCCAGCACUUUGGGAGGCCAAGACAGGCAGAUCACUUGAGCCAAGGAGUUCAAGACCAGCCCCAACAUGGUGAAACUCUGUCCCUUAAAAAAAACAAAAACAAAAAUAAAACUGUAUUGUUUUAAGCCACUAAAUUUGUGGUAAUUUGUUACAGCAGUCACAGACAACUAAUAUGGAGCAGAAGAGUAAAUAAAUGAUGUCACUUGAUUUGGGCCUGAUAUGCUUUUUUUCUUUUUCAGACAUGGAGUCUCGCUGUGUCACCCAGGCUACAGUGCAGUGGUGUGAUCUCGGCUCACUGCAACCUCCGCCUCCCGGGUUCAAGCGAUUCUCCUGCCUCAGCCUUCCAAGUAGCUGGGAUUACAGGUGCCUGCCACCAUGCCCAGCUAAUUUUUGUAUUUUUAGUAGAGAUGGGGUUUUGCCAUGUUGGCCAGGCUGGUCUUGAACUCCUGACCUCAGGUGAUCCACCUGCCUUGGCCUCCCGAAGUGCUGGGAUUACAGGUGUGAGCCACCACGCCCGGCCUGGGCCUGGUAUGUUUGGGCUCUGUGUACCCCCACAAGUCUCAUCUCAAGUUGUGAUCCUAAGUGUUGGAGGUGGGGCCUGGUAAGAGGUGGCUGGAUCAUGGGGGCAGACUUCCCCCUUGCUGUUCUUGUGAUAGUGAGUGAGUUCUCACGAGAUCUGGUUAAAAGUGUGUGGCACUUCCCCCUUGCUCUCUCUCUCUCCUGCUCCGCUAUGGUAAGAUGUGUUUGCUUCCCCUUUGCCUUCACUAUGAUUGUACGUUUCCCGAGGCCUCCCAGCUAUGCUUCCUGUACAGCUUGCAGAACUAUGAGUCAAUUAAACCUUUUCUUCAUAAAUUA